AUGUUCGGCGUUAUCGUCUCUGGCCGGCCUGUCCUCACGGAAGCCCAGCAAAUCACGCCCACGCAAUUCGCAUUCCAGCUCCCCAGCGCACCAUCCUUCAACCACCUGGUCGUCUUCCUGCUACCAGGAACAGCGUUACCACCGGACACAGCCGCCGCCGUGUACGUGCAACUACCACCAGCCACGGACUUCAAGUUCCUUGGCGCGAUCGCCAACGAGAAGCAGAGCGCCAUCUUCAAGGUCGAUGGCAUCGACGCAGUGAGCGCGCUUAACGGCGGCGCCGGCGUCCCCGUCACCCUCGGCAUCAGCGUCGAACCCGUCGCCCAGAUCCAGCAGGCAAUGGCUGCCAAGCAGCAGCAGCAGGCGGCGGCGGGUGUGACGGGUACGGAGCUCGUGAGGGCGGGUGGGCCGAAGAACCCGGCUACCACCAAGGUCCUGGCCCAGAGGAUUAUUGCGAAUGCGUUUAAUUUCCUGGCAAGCUUUGCGGGGAACACGGCGAAUGGCAUUGAGGUUGUGCCAUUGAAGAGCUUCCAGGAUUGGUGGACCAAGUUCGAGAAGAAGAUCGAGAUGGAUCCGGGGUUUUUGGAGAGAGGGGACCAGAGCUGA